CUCUCCUCAUUUCAGACGCUGCUUUUAAGAAGACCUGCAUAACUGAGCUGCCGUCGUCCUCGUGUCACACCAGCUCUGGGCCUGAGAAGAAGAUCGGUCACAGACGGGUCGAUGCGUCCGGUGAAACCACCUACAAGAAGACGACUUCGUCUGCUCUGAGAGGAGCCAUUCAGCUGGGGAUCGGCUACACCGUGGGUAACCUGAGCUCCAAACCUGAGCGUGACGUCCUCAUGCAAGACUUCUACGUGGUGGAGAGCAUUUUCUUCCCCAGUGAAGGCAGUAAUCUGACGCCGGCGCAUCAUUAUCCAGACUUCAGGUUUAAAACAUACGCUCCGGUGGCUUUCCGCUACUUCAGAGAGCUCUUCGGGAUUCGACCGGACGACUAUCUGUACUCUCUCUGUAAUGAGCCCCUGAUCGAGCUCUCCAACCCCGGUGCCAGCGGCUCCAUCUUCUACGUCACUCGAGACGAUGAGUUCAUCCUGAAGACCGUGAUGCACAAAGAGGCUGAGUUCCUGCAGAAGCUGCUUCCAGGAUACUACAUGAACCUGAACCAGAAUCCCCGAACACUGCUGCCCAAGUUCUUCGGUUUGUACUGCGUUCAGUCCGGAGGGAAGAACAUCCGUAUCGUGGUGAUGAAUAACAUCCUGCCGCGCAUCGUUCGCAUGCAUCUCAAGUUCGACCUGAAGGGCUCCACGUACAAGCGCCGCGCGUCCAAGAAAGAGCGCGAGAAGUCCAAGCCCACCUUUAAAGACCUGGACUUCAUGCAGGACGUUCAGGACGGACUCCUGCUGGACGUGGACACGUAUAACGCGCUGCUGAAGACGCUCCAGAGAGACUGUCUGGUGUUGGAGAGUUUUAAGAUCAUGGACUACAGUCUGCUGUUGGGGGUUCAUAAUCUGGAUCAGGCGGAGCGCGAGCAGCAGAUGGAGGGAUCUCAGAGCAGCAGCGAUGAGAAGAGACCGGCCGCACAGAGAGCGCUUUACUCCACCGCCAUGGAGUCCAUUCAGGGAGGAGCGGCGUGUGGAGACUCCAUCGACACCGAAGACACGAUGGGAGGCAUUCCUGCUGUCAGUGGGAAAGGAGAGAGACUCCUGCUCUUCGUCGGCAUCAUAGACAUCCUGCAGUCCUACAGACUCGUAAAGAAGCUGGAACACACGUGGAAGGCUCUGGUGCAUGACGGGGACACUGUUUCUGUCCACCGUCCGAACUUCUACGCUGACCGCUUCUUCAGGUUCAUGAGCAGCACUGUGUUCAAGAAGAGCUCUUCGCUGAAGGUUUCUCCGGUGAAGAAGGGCCGUGUGGUGCUGAGCGGCCCCGGAGCGGCCUGGUCCUCCAGCCAGCUUCCCUUACAGAGAGACGAGAAAAUCUAUGAUCUGAGAGGAGCGUGCAGCUUCCCCGUGCUGGAAAACCAUGGUCGGCAGUCCUGCACUCCUCCGUCGCUCGAAGAAGCGACCACGGCGUCUGUGGCCACAACUCUGUCCUCCAACACCUCUAUAUCAAUCCCAGAAUGCUCUCCGUCAGACACCACAGAGCAGCCGCGCUACAGAAGACACACAUUGUCUCUGAAAGACGCUGAGGGAAGGACACAUGAGGUGGUGGAUGUGCAUGAGGAAGAGCAGCAGACCAUCACUGUGCAGGUGGAGGUGAAGAGAGAGAGAGAAGAUGAGGAGGAAGAGGAGGAGGAGCCAGACGUCUGCCAGAAAUCACUACAGUAAACAUGCAUAUGAAUC